AGCAAUUUUUUCGUAGAUUCGAUAGUGUUGUACAAUUUUGUGGUGUGCUUUUUCUGGUGCAAUUUUUCCUCUAAAUUAUCCUUAAAAUGGACGCAUUUGGCGAUGGAAACUUCGAGCAGAACGAGAUCGAUCCGGCAGCUGAGUUUUUAGCCCGCGAGCAGAACGCACUGGCCGGUUUGGAGGACGAAAUUCCGCCCAUUCCCGUUAGCAAUGGUACGGUGGACGAUGACGUGACUCAGCCGAAUGCAGAACCACUGGGACUAGAGUUCGAGUCAACCGGAAGCUUUGAAGUAAUCAAUGCGGAUGCCGGAUGUGGGCCACAGGAUUACGGCUCCCAAGAUGCUGGCGGUUUCUCGAGCAGUCCCAUUAACCCGAGCGAAGAGGAUGGUAAUGAUGAUUUUUCAGGGUACACAGUACCCAAGCAAGUAACGGAGGAACCGGAAAAGAUUCGCAAGUGGCGCGAAGAGCAGAAGGCUCGCCUUGAGGAAAAAGAUCGCGAGGAAGAACGCAAAAAGGAGGAACUGCGGGAGCAGGCUCGCAAGGAGCUGGAAGACUGGUACAAACAUCACGAGGAGGCGAUUUCCAAAACCAAAGCGGCCAAUCGAAACGCCGAGAAACAGUUCGUAGCCGAAACGGACGAAAUCGAACCGGGCACCGAGUGGGAGCGCAUCGCCAAGCUGUGCGAUUUCAACCCGAAAACGAACAAGUCCAGCAAGGACAUUUCGCGGAUGCGAUCCAUUAUCCUGCAGCUGAAGCAGAACCCAAUCUCCGCCACCAGUAAGAAAGUCUAAGAGCGGCGCCUAGGACCCCGGCGGCAGCAAAGCAAAAGCAGGAAACCAUUACUAGCUGGGCUGGCUGGCUGGCUGCAAGUGUAGAAUGUUUACCAAUAAGAUGACAAAAAUUCUAUAGGCAAAAUGAUAUGAAUAGUUAAAGGUAGAAGGAGGAAGAUAAGAGGAGAAAAAAAACUCGGACGAAAUUUGCUUUCUUCUACUUGAAAACAGUUUUAUUGAUUACUCUAGUAGCAGUUUUCCGAUAUAGUUACAAGCUAAAACACUAGACCUCUGUUCGUGAACGGUGUUAGUAGCUUUGAUUAUUAUUAUUAUGAUUCGAAUAUAUGCUUUUGAGUUGUUCAAUAAAAUUGCUCCUAUUAAUCACUAUGUGUAGAGUACAAAGGUAGAUGAAUAUCAUGUGUUGUAUUUGCUCUGCUUUUGUAUUCGGUAUAAACUAUAUCAUUCCUUUCUUUUUUUUUGUUCAUUAUUUGACUAAAUUACUAAUGUGCAUAGUGUGUUAGUUUUGAAAAUAUAUUACGAUUAGUUUUUUAUUUUUUCAUUUCUCAAAACAUAUUUGUUGCAAUUUUCGUAUUAUCAUUUUGUUUCCGUUUGGACCGGGUGCAUUUACUGGCUCAUAAGGUUUGGACUUUUUUUUUUAUUUCGCAAGAGAAAACGUUUCAAAAGCGCAUUUUAUCAGAGAUAGUAAUUCCAAGUAGCAGUACAUUCUACGCUAAUUGCUAACAUAAGCAUACUAUAGUUCUAUAAAUAUAUAUAUAUUUAAAAAAAGCAUCGUUAGUAGUAACUAAAUGCUAAGUAAAGCAAAUGUAUAUGAAAAGUCCUACACGCGACAGAUUAAAAAUAUAAA